AUGCGAAGCCUGCAGGCACGAAUGGGAUUUGCCCAGUGACAGGACCCACUGCCAUGCGACCACCAAACCCGUGCUUGCUUGAAUGCAUCCCGCGCACACCAACACACACGCAACCCCUCUCACACACACAUACGUGUUUGAACUGGCAGCAAUGUCGUGAGGGAUAGCAGCAGCAACAGCCAGCUGCCUUUGGUUUGUUUAUGUGUGUGAUUGGUUGACCAUUUCCUUUGCCUUCCCCCGUACCGUCCUUUACACACUUCCGUGUAUCUCCUCCGUCCUUGCAACCUUGCUCCACCCUGACACGAGUCUGAGGGUGUGCACACCAAGCAACCAAGAGCAAGAGCAAGAACAAGCAAGCAACCAAGAGCAAGCCAGCAACGACCACACACACACGCUCACAUACACACACACAUACACUCUCUUCUUGCCGACAUGAGCACCAAGACAGCCACAUCAAGAGCAACGAUGGUGUUGCCUCUCAUCGCUGUGCUGCUUGCUGGCUUCGCCAUCGUCUCCACGCACGCCAUCGUGCAAAACAACGACUGGCCAUCCAUCCCGCUGCCGGAGAACCUGGCGCUGCGACUGCACGCAACCCCAAGCGGUGGCUACCUCAGCACAGCCGACAUUGCAGAGGAAACGGGCAUGCCCGUUGCCAGCAACCUCUCCCUGGCUGACCCUUCCGUCCUCGGAAACAUUCCCGCAGGCACCGACCCGCUUGACAUUGUGCCCAUCAUGAACUACAACAGCUACGACGACAUGCAAGCAUGGGACGUGGAGCUGGCCCCGCUCAGCGUGUAUGCCAUCGCCCGUUUCCAGGCGGGCGAGCCAGGCCAGCCGCCCCAGAUCCAGCUCGGCACCUCCUGCCCGGGCCUCUUCCGCCUCGGCGCCAACGAGGACGGGCUCCUCUUCGCCGACACGUGCAUCCCGGGCCUGGAGGGCGCCACGCGCACCACCACAAACAUCCGCGUCACGGGCGGCAUCACCUUCAUCGCCGUCGCCUUCAACGCACCCACCAAGGUUGUCGGCAUCUACGUCAACAGCACGCGUGCGCUGCGCGAGAUCCCGCACGACGGCAGCAGCACCUUCCCCGAGCUUCGCCUCGGCGGACCCCUGCAGGUCUCAGACAUCAUUGCGCAUUCGUUUGCAUACACGGACCAGUACGUCAACGCCCUCAACACCCACUUCUGGAACCUCUUCAACAACGGCCGCCGCCCCGACGCCGCGGAAGUUGUGCCGGAGGACGAGCUGAACAACAACGACGACAACGAUGGUGGUGAGGUCGACGACGACGCGCCAGUGAGCACGGACGACGACGAGGUCAUGCAAGGCGGUGGUGAUGACGACGCACCGGGCGAUGGUUCUGACACUUGGACCACCUGUGUGGGCGGCCUGAACAUUGACACGAACGAGGCGUGCGGGUGUGCGUUUGGCUGUGCCAAGUGCCUCUUGCCGCCAAGUGGCACAGACGAGAGCCAGCUGUGUGUGCUGUGCUCCAGCAACACCUUCAUCUUGCACCAAGGAGAGUGUCUCCUCGACUGCCCCGAAGGUUUCGACCUUCUGCAGUCUGGCGACGAUGGCAAGAAGACGUGCCGCCGUACUGGUGAUGGCAGUGCCGCGAGCUCGACCACUGCGAGCAGCGACCUUGCCGGCGACGCCAACGGCAAUGGCCAGAACAACAGCAGCAGCGGCUCUGUUCCGCUCGAUGACAAGGCCAUCAUCGGCAUUGCCGUGGGUCUUGUGCUGCUUGCCAUGGUCAUUGCCAUUGUGGCUUUUGCCGUCAACCGCAGGUCCAAGCACCGCCGCAAGCGGAACCUCCUCAGCCUCCAGGAUGGCUUCCUCGACAACUAACCGUUUGUGUCUGUAUCUGUGUGUGCGUGUGUGUCUGUGCAUCUGUGUAUCCGUGUGUGUCUGUGCAUCUGUGUAUCCGUG